CUUUCCGGGAAGUUCCUGACCCGUCGCCGCCACCUGCCUUCUCCCCUCUGUAUCCUAAACCCAACCCCGGCUUGGUCUGGGAUGGAGCUGCCCGCAGUGAACCUCAAGGCGAUUGUUUUGGUGCACUGGCUACUGACAACUUGGGGCUGUUUGACAUUCUCAGACUCCUAUGCCUUUGCUAAUUUCACCGUCCUGGCCCUGGGGGUGUGGGCCAUUGCUCAGCCAGAUUCCCUGGAUGCCAUAAUUAUGUUUCUAGUUGGUCUGGCCAUUACCAUCCUCCUGGAUAUCAUCUACAUCAGCAUCUUCUACCCACGUGGACACACACUAUCCGACACAGAGCACUUCGGUACCGGCAUGGCCAUCUUCAGCCUCCUUCUGAAGCCCCUGUCCUGCCUCUUUGCCUACCACAUGUACCGAGAACGAGGGGGCGAGUUCAUCCUCAAUGUAGGUUCCUUUGGCCCCUUGCAGGAACGGAGCACAUACCAGACCAUUGACCCCCAGGAGGACCCUGCCUUGGCACACCCCUAUGCAGACCUGGAAAGCAAGCCAGCAGCUCGGCCCUUCUGAACUCCCUUCCCACUUGAUGUCCCCAGAAACCUAGAUCUCAUCCUUCUCCUUCUCAUCUAAUGCUGGGCAUUCAUUCACUGACCUUGGGGACACUUAAUCCAUUCACUUCACCGUUUCCUGUCAGAGCUUAUGAGCUCCAGCCAGGAGAGUACUGGAUAAUGGCUCCUCAUCUCUGCUUCCUCAGGCCAAUGGGCAGAGGAUUGAGUGAUAUUCUCUCUCCUUUGCUUGAGCUUCACUGAAGUGUCUCGGUCCCAUACUCCUCAUGGUCUGACUCACUUGAGGGACUCCCCGCACCUUAAUGCACUUUUGACAGGUUGAGUCUGUCCCCACCUCCAGGGCCACAUGACCAAGUGCCUUGGCUGUGCCAGGGCCUCUGUAGCCCCAAAUGUGGCUGGUGAGAGUAGCUGUCCUCCCCGUGCCCCUGGUGGAGGGGCAGCAUCUCCAUAGAGGCUAGGGAUGGGGCAGCCUUGAGGGAAGCCCUUUCUGCCGCUGCUGCUGCCUCAGCCAGGUUUAUGACUCCUCAGGGGAAGCAGCUCCUCCCUAGACCCCCAGAUGGAGUCUCUGAACCACUGCCAUUGCCUUCGUUACCUCUGCCGAGUUAUGGCAUUAAAGUUUGAGGGAUAUGAUACCUGG